CUAAUUUUCUAACCCCGUCAAUUCUUUUCACGUUUACCAUAAAUAUACCCUCACGUUUCCUCUCUUUACGUAGCCAUAAUUUCCCUCAUCCUGCCUGACUGUGUUUUGGUUGCAAGGCCACCUCAUCAUAGUUUUUUUCAAAGGAAACUGGGGUUAGGGCUUAUCCGCGAGGCGGCAUGACACCAAAAGGCGCUUCCUAUUACCUGAGCUGGAGGUUGGCUGUGGAGGCUAACAAUGUGCGUGCGUGGCGCACGGUCCCUUCUCAAUGCUUGAGGUACGUUGAAGCUUACAUGCGUGGAGGACAGUAUGACAGGGACCUUGACUUGAUUGUUGACCAAGUUUUGAGUUAUAUUAAUGAGAUAGAUCCCUCCAACGAUGGCAUGGAUGCUUGGAUCCUAGAUGUUGACGACACCUGCAUCUCUAAUCUCCUCUACUACAGGGAAAAGAGAUAUGGGUGUGACCCAUUCGAUAAAGCUGGUUUCAAGGCAUGGGCAUUAAAGGGAGGAUGCCAAGCAAUUCCUGCUGUUCUUGGAUUGUUUAACAACCUGGUUCAAAAUGGUUUUAAAGUAUUCCUGAUCACUGGAAGGGACCAGGAAACACUUGGCCAAGUCACUAGUGAUAAUCUGCAUGAUCAGGGCUUCAUCGGCUAUGAGCGACUAAUCUUGAAGACGGCAGGGUUCAAAGGACAAAGCGCUUUGGCAUACAAGUCAGAAAUGAGAAGGCGAUUAGAAAAGGAAGGUUACAGGAUAUGGGGGAACGUUGGUGACCAAUGGAGUGAUCUGCAAGGAGAGUGUUUGGGAAACCGCACUUUCAAGCUACCAAAUCCAAUGUAUUUUGUUCCCUGAGAUUCAGUGGAAUUCUAGUUGCAGUGAGUUGUCUCUGGAAAUGAUCACGAGACAAGACUUGUAGCAUUAUUAUUAUGUUCGCAAAUGAAACUAAACAUAAUCAAGUCAAAUAAAUGGCACAAGAUUUUAGCAAAUGAAGUUACUUGUAUUAGCCUCUGAGCAGUAUUUGAACAAAGAUUAGUGCUUCGUUUGAUUUCUGGUAUUUUGUUGAAGAAGAAGAAGAAGAAUAUGAUAGAAGAAAUAAAGCUUGAAUGUGCAGAGAAGUUUAAUGAAGAAGUUCUGUAUAUUUUUCUUAUUA